UCAUAUACUUCCAAUAUGUCAGACCGUGGGGACGUUGAUUCGAGAACUUAUUUUUAUUUUUAUUGUUAGGAUAAGAAUAAAAUAUUGUGAUUAAGUUGAAAUGUUAGGUUAUUGGCGCUGAACAUUUAAUAUUUUAAUUGUAUUUAUUAAUGUUAAUGUUUUUUUUUUUGUUUGGCCAUUCACAACACGGAAACAAAUUGUUAAUGUUUGAUUCAAUUCGUCUUAAAUCAUAUUUAUUGCUAAUGUUCAUGGUGGCUAAGGGUAAUUAUCUUACGCGUAUAACAAAAGUGAUUUUUUAGUAUUGUAAAUAAAAAAAAUAUUUGCACGCGCAUGCGUUGUUGUCAAAAACAGACAAAGGUUUUGUGUGGUUUGAAAAUCAGCUGUAUUGUGUAGUGCAAUGACUUAGUGAUAUGAAAAGUGUGUGUUUGGAAGCGACAAUGUUUAGUGAAAUUGGAUACAUAGUUUUUCUACUUCUCGCACUGCCAUAUAUUGAGAGUGCUUCUCGACUCACCAACACUCGACUCAGCGAGUAUAUCGAGCACUACGAACCGUUAGAUUACGAUGCAGACGCAAUCCACGAACAACAUCUCCGUAGACGUCGUUCUACGGAUACGCAGCCAGACCUGCGACUACACUUUCGGGCGCAUGGUAGAAGAUUCAAUCUACGCCUCCGCCGGGAUCUCUCAGCUUUUAGCGAUGACUUUAAGGUGGAAGGUUCGCAAGGUCAGCUUCACGACGUCGACACGUCACACAUAUAUCACGGCGAAUUGGCUGACGAACCUCACUCGACCGUGUUCGGUUCGGUGACGGAGGGUGUGUUCGAGGGGAAGAUCAUGUCGAAAGACGGCGCCUUCUACGUGGAGCACGCGCGCCGCUACUUCCCACCGAAUGGGACGCGUACGCGCGUCCACUCGGUGAUCUACAAGGAGAGUGACGUCAGCGACCCCUACGCGCACCGUAGACACGGUCACGUUGGUGGUUGCGGCAUCACUGAUGAGGUGGUACAGUGGAUGGAACGCAUACAAAACUCGGGAGUAGAUGACGAUCCGCCGACAUCUCCCACCACCACACCACCGCCAUCCGCAUCACCGCCUCACCACACAUCAUCCCCUCACCAUAUACCCGGGUCUUCGCCGCCGCAUCCAAACAGUCUACGGGAUGAUCCACCAAGGCAUUGGGAUUAUCCCCAUCACAAUAAGUAUUCGCGAAGUGCGAACACGGGCGAACAUUCACGCACGAGGCGAGCGACGCUCGACAACCGCAACACUUGUUCGUUGUACAUACAAACAGACCCUCUGAUUUGGCGGCACGUGAGGGAAGGGUUUCCUGAACAUCGAGACCCUACAAAACGUACAGAAGUGGAUAUGAAAACUCGCGAGGAGAUCCUGUCGCUCAUCUCACACCACGUCACAGCGGUCAACUACAUCUACAGGGACACCAAAUUCGAUGGCCGGAUGGUGCAUAGGAAUAUCAAGUUUGAAGUCCAAAGGAUUAAAAUCGAUGAUGACUCAUUUUGCGUCACGCAUCAAUACGACAGGAACCAGUUCUGUCAUGAAAACAUCGAUGUAUCCAACUUCUUAAACCUGCACUCGCUCGGCAACCACGAGGACUUCUGCCUGGCCUACGUGUUCACAUACAGAGACUUCACGGGAGGAACUCUAGGAUUGGCGUGGGUAGCGAGCGCGAGCGGUGCCUCGGGCGGCAUCUGUGAGAAGUACAAGACUUACACGGAGACAAUCGGCGGCAUGUACCAGAGUACGAAGCGGUCGCUCAACACCGGCAUCAUCACAUUCGUCAACUACAACAGCCGAGUGCCGCCCAAAGUCAGCCAGCUCACGUUAGCGCACGAAAUCGGACAUAACUUCGGCUCGCCGCACGACUACCCGUCGGAGUGCCGGCCGGGCGGGCAGCAGGGCAACUUCAUAAUGUUCGCGUCGGCGACGUCCGGCGACCGGCCGAACAACAGCAAGUUCUCCACGUGCUCGGUGGGCAACAUCAGCGCGGUGCUGGACGCGGUGCGCGACGGCCGCAAGCGGAACUGCCUCACCGCCAGCGCGGGCGCCUUCUGCGGCAACAAGAUCGUCGAGGACGGCGAAGAGUGCGACUGCGGUUACGACGAGAACGAAUGUAGAGACCAUUGUUGCUAUCCGCGACAAGUGAGCUCCUACGAUAAAGAAAGAAACAGUACAGCCAAAGGUUGUACGAGAAAAGCGAAUACACAAUGCAGCCCGUCGCAGGGCCCGUGCUGCCACGCGCGCACAUGCCAGUUCGUGCUGGCGUUCCGCAACCAGACGUGCCGCGAGGCCACCGAGUGCAGCCACGCGUCCGUCUGCUCGGGCCGCUCCGCCGAGUGCCCCGAGCCGCGGGUCAUGUCCAACCACACCAAGUGCAACAAUGGCACGCAGCUGUGCAACGCGGGUGAGUGCACGGGCUCGAUCUGCCUGGCGUGGAACAUGAAGGAGUGCUUCCUGUCGUCGGCGCCGCAGAGGCUGGGUGACGGCGUGACGGCCGUGGUGGACCGGCGCGCGCUUUGCCAGCUGGCGUGCCAGACCGGGCCCGAGCCCGACUCCUGCCAGAGCACGGCCGACUUCGCGCGCCGCGUCGGCCUGCCGCCCGGCGGCAUCUCGCUGCGGCCCGGCUCGCCCUGCGACAACUUCCAGGGCUACUGCGAUGUAUUCCUCAAGUGUCGCGCAGUAGACGCUGAGGGUCCACUGGCGCGACUAAAGAAUCUGUUGCUGAACCGCGCCACGCUGCAGUCGGUGCAGGCGUGGGUCACAGAGCAGUGGUGGGCCGUGCUGCUCGGCGGCGUCGCGCUCGUCGUCUGCAUGGGCGCCUUCGUCAAGUGCUGCGCUGUACACACACCAUCCUCCAACCCAAAGCGACCACCCGCCAGGCGGCUGUCGGAGACGCUCCGGCGGCCCAUGAACACGCUGCGGCGCAUGCGCCACCCCGGACACGCGGCCGCGCGCGCGCCGCGCCCCGGACACCGCCGCCACCGGCCCUCCAAGGGCGACUACUCCGCGCCCGUCGCCUACCAGGCCCGCGACAUCGCAUCAGCACCACCGGGACCGAGCGGGCGACGGGGCGAGCCAUACGCGACCGCUUACCCGCAGUCGUACGAGAUGCGACCUCCUCAAAAGGUCUGACAGUACGAGUACUGCGGUGGGGGCGGAGGCGUGGUCCCCGGCCCCGAGGCGGGCCAGCUGGAGCUGGUGGCGCUGGCGCCGGCGCCCGGCGUGCCGCUGCUGUUGGGCUACGUAUACCGAGCCUCGCCCCCUCCAGCACACGCUUCCGCGGCCGUAGGCGUUGGGCCGGGGACGGGGGAGGGCGGACGCACAGUCACAGUGGCGUCACAGACGACUAUCACGCUGCAUUCACCAGAAUCGCUGACGGUGACGCACCCACAGCGGCCGCAAGCAGACAUAUAGGUUGCUGGAGUACUUUCGCCGCUUUGGGCAAUCACCCGAUGAUAAUAGGGUUCUUCACACCUGAGAGGUUAAUAGAGGAUAGUUCGUGAAAUCGCAAUACGAUUAAUUUUGUUUAACUUGCUGUAUUUAAUUGGUAUUUCACUAAAUUAAUGUCUGAAUACAAUUUCAAUCGUGAGUUAUACAAAAAGAAACGUAUUAUGGUUUGUGUAAAGUAGCUUAUAGGGUGCAUACAUUGAAAUUUCAGAGUAUUUUCCAUUGCUCUGAGUGCUACUCGGAGAAUAACCGACCUAGAUGGUUUCUCCGACCCUAUCGAGAGUAUGGUGUGAAUAAAGGACCCACGCUCAUUCCAAUGUAUUCGAUGCCGGCAGCCGUUUCCUUCGUGACUCGUCAAGGAUAAUAAAUUGUUUGCUCAAUACAAAAGAAUUAUAUUCGAUCCAAAUACAUGUGCUGAGCUCAAAUCUUGUCUCGGUCGACGAGCGAUACGGUGUUCUAAAAUUAACUAUUAUUUUUGUAAAACGUAAAUAAUUGUGACGGUAACUGAGAACGCGGCGUGAUGUUCAUUGAGCCGAUGACUUUUUAUAUUCAGUAUAAUAUAGAGAUGUUGCUCCUACAACCGGACAUUUAUGUAUAUUUUUGUAUAUAAAUGGAGAGGUAUACAAAGGCUACGAUGUAAAAAUAUCAAACAAAAAAUAACUUAUAUUCAUACCGAUAUAUUACAGUGUAUAAAAAUUACUGCAUGGUUUUACUUCGAAUCUCCGUAAGUUGAUAAUUUUUAUAUAAAGUUAUUUUAAUGUAUUUAAUGUUAACGUAAGUGGAAUGUCGAGGUGCCAUUAUACCAUUUCGUAUUUCUAUUCCUUUGUUACUCCUUCUCCACAGUGACCCCAAUAUUUAUUCGUUAUUUACUAAACGUGCGGGCUCAAUCUAUUCGAAAUUUGCAUUUAGUCUUCCUAAGGCCACUAAUGUACUUUUGGAUUCAUUAAAUUCGUUUAAUAUAUUUUUAAGUAGUAUAUAAUAUGAAAAUUAAACAGUAUUGCCAAAUGAUCAAAUAUUAUUAGACUGAAAAUCAAUCAUUCUUGCUGUGGUAAUAAAAAUUUUGUAAUACGCAUUUUUUAUUUAGUAGUUGUGUGUAUGAGUUAGUGCGUAAAGAUGGCUCAAAUUACGAUCUAUACGAUCAUUUACUUUGAUAAUUACUUUCUGGAUGACAAUGUUGCAUAUCACAAUUCACUCAUAUAUGUAUUAAACGAGUAUUUUGUUGUAUGUUUCUGUUAUAAUGAUCUCUUUGAUAGGUAAUGAGAUUUUUUUAUUAUUGAUCAUACCUACUACGUAGUUACUUUCCGUCGUGCAAGCCAAAGAGCAUGAUGUAUUUUUAUUAUUUCUAUACAAUUAUAUUAAGAAACGGUCUUAUAAGUAUACCAUAUUAAUGCCAUUUUAUUAGUGAAUGUCGAAACAAUAUUCAAGUUCUUGUAAUUGUACUAUAAAUAUUGUAUAUUUGUAUGUAAACUGAGAGGGUAAUGUUUCCGUUGUAGAGUGACUUGACCAAUCGUGUAAUGGAUGGAUCAUACAAUUUCCAUCACUAGUAGUACUCAAUGGCAUUAUUUCUCCUAAGCAUAAGCUAGACUACCAUUAGAUUAUUUAAAUGACAAUGUGAAUAUUUUUAAUUAACAAGAUGAAUGUUACAACAUGUGAUUUCAAAAUAAUAAAAAAAAACAAUAAAUUUUACAUAAAAAAUA